AUGCAAUCAGAGAAGCAUGUGAGUAAACACGCUUUCUGGAGGCAGCUGAUGUGUAAAGGGGGCAAAUUGAGAGGAAACAUUCAGAAGAGUACCAUUUGGAUUAAAAAAAAACAAGACAGUAACGCAGCCUUCCGAGCGGCCUGCACCAGUCCUACUGCGGAUCACGGACAUCUGCCAGCAUCGCAGCCUUCCGAGCGGCCUGCACCAGUCCUGCUGCGGAUCACGGACAUCCACCAGCAUCGCAGCCUUCCCAAUGAACUGCACCAGUCACAGAGCCUGCUUCAGAUGACGGACACCUGCCAGCAACGCAGCCUUUCGAGUGACCUGCACCAGACACAGGGCCUGCUGAGGAUCACGGACAUCCACCAGCAACGCAGCCUUCCGAGUGACCUGCACCAGUCUUGCUGCGGAUUGAGGAUCAAUGAACUGCACCAGUCACAGAGCCUGCUGCGGAUGACGGACAUCUGCCAGCCAUGCAGCCUUCCGAGUGACCUGCACCAGUCCUGCUGUGGUUCACGGACACCAGCCAGCAACGUAGCCUUCGUAAUGUACAGCACCGGUCACAUCCUCCAGGAACGCAGCCUUGUGAGAGACCUGCACCAAUCACAAGGCCUGCUGAGGAUCACGGACAUCCACCAACAACUCAGCCUAUCAAGAUCUUAUCAGGUUAAAUAAUGUUUGCCCAGUUUCAAAGAAUAUACCUUCUGAGAUGUUUCAAAGCUGUGGUGUGACCACUGCUACAGGUAUGCACAGAACUGCUCCAUACGUCUGUUCCAUGGGACACACCAAUGGUUAGGACUGUUGAGGCUCAUGGACAUUCACAAGUCACGCAGCCUAUCGAACUACCUGUACCAGACGGAGAGCCUGCUGAGACUCAUCUUCUUUUUCGCUUGGUGGUUGUGGUGGUGCAGACGGACUUGUACUUGUCACAGUGCCUUGAGGUUCAUGGAUCCUCACCAGCCUUGUCACCUGCUGAGGCUCAUAGCUGAUCUUGGCAAUCUACAACAGCACUACAGGACAACAUUACAAAUAGUAAUGAGUUGUACAUGGGGCCAUCUACUGACUAAGAGCUGACAAGCCCGGUUAAGAAUAUUGACUUUGUGCUGUAGAUUAUUAGCAUAUGUUCAUAUCACAUAGCCAUAUUUAUUCAUAUCAUAUAGCCUUAUUUAUUCUGCUCUUAUAAAGUAACUGCUAAUACACUGCACAUAUUUAUAUCUAAUUUAUAUUAUUAUAAACCGCCUUAUGUAAACAAACUGCAUACUACUGUCUACCCUGCA